AUGAGUGCGGCGGACAAGGUGAAGCCGGCGGCCAGCCCGGCGUCGGAGGAUCCCUCCGCCAUCGCCGGCAACAUCUCCUACCACGCGCAGUACAGCCCCCACUUCUCGCCGCUCGCCUUCGGCCCCGAGCAGGCCUUCUACGCCACCGCCGAGAGCGUCCGCGACCACCUCCUCCAGAGAUGGAACGACACGUACCUGCAUUUCCACAAGACGGAUCCCAAGCAGACCUACUACCUGUCCAUGGAGUACCUGCAGGGCCGCGCGCUCACCAACGCCGUCGGCAACCUCGCCAUCACCGGCGCCUACGCCGACGCCCUGAAGAAGUUCGGCUACGAGCUCGAGGCCAUCGCUGGACAGGAGAGAGAUGCGGCUCUGGGAAAUGGUGGCUUGGGCAGGCUUGCAUCUUGCUUUUUGGAUUCAAUGGCAACGCUGAACUUGCCUUCUUGGGGCUAUGGCCUUCGUUACCGUUAUGGCCUGUUCAAGCAGCGCAUUGCCAAGGAGGGCCAAGAAGAAAUCGCUGAAGACUGGCUUGAUAAGUUUAGCCCAUGGGAGAUUGUCAGGCAUGAUGUUGUAUACCCAAUCAGAUUUUUCGGCCAUGUCGAGAUUUCGCCAGAUGGAAAGCGGAAAUGGGCCGGUGGAGAAGUUCUGAACGCUUUAGCGUAUGAUGUGCCAAUUCCUGGGUACAAGACAAAAAAUGCAAUCAGUCUUCGCCUUUGGGAUGCAACAGCUACUGCUGAGGAUUUCAACUUAUUUCAGUUCAAUGAUGGCCAGUAUGAGUCAGCUGCUCAACUUCACUCGAGGGCACAGCAGAUAUGUGCUGUUCUCUAUCCUGGUGAUGCUACAGAAGAAGGGAAGCUUCUGAGAUUAAAGCAGCAGUAUUUCCUUUGCAGCGCAUCACUUCAGGAUAUUAUUUUCAGAUUUAAAGAAAGAAAAGCUGACAGAGUUUCAGGGAAGUGGAGUGAGUUCCCUUCCAAAGUUGCUGUUCAAAUGAAUGACACUCACCCAACUCUUGCCAUCCCUGAGCUAAUGAGGUUGCUUAUGGACGUGGAGGGACUUGGUUGGGACGAAGCCUGGGCUGUCACAAAUAAGACGGUUGCUUACACCAAUCACACAGUUCUUCCUGAAGCUCUCGAGAAAUGGUCACAGGCUGUAAUGAGGAAAUUGCUUCCACGUCACAUGGAAAUCAUUGAGGAAAUUGACAAGCGGUUUAGAGAAAUGGUAAUCUCCACCCGGAAGGAUAUGGAGGGAAAGAUCGAAUCGAUGAGGGUUUUAGAUAACAAUCCCCAGAAGCCAGUAGUGCGGAUGGCGAAUUUGUGUGUUGUGGCUGGGCAUACGGUGAAUGGAGUGGCCGAGUUGCACAGCAACAUCUUGAAACAAGAGCUGUUUGCAGAUUAUGUCUCUAUUUGGCCUAACAAAUUCCAGAACAAAACUAAUGGAAUUACACCACGUAGAUGGCUCCGUUUUUGCAACCCCGAGCUGAGUGAAAUAGUCACGAAAUGGUUAAAAACAGAUCAGUGGACAAGCAACCUUGAUCUUCUCACCGGGCUUCGGAAAUUCGCAGAUGAUGAAAAACUACAUGCUGAGUGGGCAGCAGCCAAGCUGGCCAGCAAAAAGCGCUUAGCCAAGCAUGUGUUGGAUGUGACUGGUGUUACAAUUGAUCCAAAUAGCCUUUUCGAUAUACAAAUUAAACGCAUCCACGAAUACAAGAGACAGCUGUUGAACAUUUUGGGAGCUGUGUACAGAUAUAAGAAGUUAAAGGAAAUGAGCGCAGAAGAGAGGAAGAAGGUUACACCACGCACUGUCAUGGUAGGAGGGAAAGCAUUUGCAACAUACACCAAUGCUAAAAGAAUAGUGAAAUUGGUAAAUGAUGUUGGUGCUGUGGUGAACAAUGAUGCUGAUGUCAACCAAUAUCUGAAGGUGGUGUUCAUUCCAAACUACAACGUAUCAGUGGCUGAAGUGCUCAUUCCUGGCAGUGAACUGUCACAGCACAUUAGUACUGCAGGCAUGGAAGCAAGUGGAACAAGUAACAUGAAGUUCUCUCUGAAUGGCUGUGUUAUCAUUGGAACUCUGGAUGGAGCCAAUGUUGAAAUCAGAGAAGAAGUAGGGCAAGACAACUUCUUCCUUUUCGGUGCCAAAGCAGAUCAGAUUGCUGGUCUGAGGAAGGAAAGGGAAGAUGGCUUGUUCAAGCCAGACCCACGCUUUGAAGAAGCCAAACAGUUUAUCAGGAGUGGUGCUUUCGGCACCUACGACUACACUCCUCUCUUGGAUUCCCUUGAAGGGAACACUGGAUUUGGGCGUGGUGACUACUUCCUUGUUGGCUAUGACUUCCCAAGCUACAUUGACGCACAGGCCCGGGUUGAUGAAGCCUACAAGGACAAGAAGAAAUGGAUCAAGAUGUCCAUCUUGAACACGGCUGGAAGCGGCAAGUUCAGCAGCGACCGCACCAUCGACCAAUAUGCGAAGGAGAUCUGGGGCAUUUCGGCUUGCCCUGUUCCAUGA